AUGGCGGAAGAAGGUGCAAAAUCUAAAACUGAAUAUGAUUUAGCUGCCAGGCUACCACCACAGCCAUCGGUUAUCAACUCUAAAAAUAGUAACACAGUUGAAAAUUUUCGAAAGGAAUCGGAAUUUUCACGACAGUCAAAAAUUGGUCUACCUUAUGGAAGUAAACAAACUGCCCAGAAAUCAGAUGACUAUGAUAACUUUACAAGGAAACGUAAGCUUGAACAUGUGAUUUCUGAUUCUGAUUCGGAGGAAGAAGAUAUUAUCCCUUCACCUCAGAUACCUAGACAUAUUACCGGUACGGUAAAUAAUGAUGUUAUAGAUCAAAUUGAUCAACUAUUAGCACAAGACCCUAUCAUGGGAGAUAACUCAAAUAAUGACACCGAUCAUGAUCAGGACAUGGAAAUGUUCGAAUCUGCUUUAGAACAGGAAUACACGAUUAAAAACGUGGAAGGAGCAAAAGUCAAUGACAAAAUAAUUGGCAUCGUAAAUCAGUUAUUCGUUAAAGUACUGCCAGAAGAAAAGCUCAAGGUUAUUUUUUACAAGUACCCCGAACCUGCAAAUAUGAAUGUGGUCAUGCCAUUGGUAAAUAAAGAAAUUUGGGGUGCCUUAAGCAGUACCACGAAAACUGCUGAUCUCAGAAACCAGAGAAUUCAUAUGAAAAUCACUAAAUCUUCUUAUUCUCUUGCGGAAUUGAUGAGUUUUCUAAUGGAGAGUAAGAGGAAGGCAAAGAUUUCUCCUGAGGACAUCUCAAAAGCUAUUAGAAUGGCUAUGGAUGCAAUAACUCUACUAGCUCAGGCAAACAGAGAAUUUGUCCAGCGAAGAAAGGAUAGUAUCUCAUCCUGCAAAGCUAUUGUGUAA